UCUGUCCCGGGUAGAAGCACCGCACCGGCAUCUUCCACAGUUCUGGUGCAUGGGCCGCAGGACAUGUGAGUGCGCCCGUAACUAGCAUCACCCAGGAGUUUUACACGUAUUAUUCACCCAAACAUCACUCCGGUACCACCAUGCCCAAGAAAGCCAAGGAGGAGGCGGAGUGGCUCGACGAUGAGGCCCCGCCGACAGCCGCUGAAAAAACAGUGAAGAAAGGGAAGAAAAAUAAGAAGGAUAAAAAGAGUUUCUUUGAGGAUCUUGCCACAGAAAGCAAAUCAGAGAAGACGGAGGAGGUUUCUGCUAAAGAAGUGCAGGGGAAGCAAGGAAAGCCUCAGAAAAAGAAGAAAGAUCGACGGAAAGGCAAAGGGGCAGAUGAUGAAGACGACGAUGAAGAUGUGACGUUGAAACUGGACAAACUGUCAGUCCAGCCCAGUGAUGAAGAGGAGGAGGAGCCUGUUAUUGCACCCCCUAAAGGCAACAAGAAGAACAAGGGGGGGAACAUCUUUGCAGCUCUGAGCCAGGGCCAGAGUGAUGAUGAGGAGGAAGAGAAUGAGUCAGAAGAAGAGGAAAAAGUAGUUAAAAAGGAUGUUGAGAAGGGCAAAAAGAAAGUUCAGUCUAAGAAGGUAAAGGCUGCAUCUGAUGAGGAAGAGGAGGAGGAUGUGGAGAAGCUGUCAAAGAAGAACAAGAAACCUGAGGUCAAACAGACCAAGAAAGGCAAAACUGCUGAGCUCAGUGAUGAAGAGGAGGAAGAGGAGAGCGAUGGAGGAGACAUGAUGAUGAGCGCGGAGGAUGUGAUCGCUCAACAAGCCCAGGAGCAGGAUGAUGACCCCUUUGCCAACCUCAGCAAGAAGGAGAAAAAGAAGAAAAAGAAACAGCUGGAGUACGAGCGUCAGGUGGCCAGUGUGCGCGCUCAGAACGCUCUGGAGGGAGACUUCUCCAUCUCUCAGGCUGAACUCUCCUCCAGACAGGCCAUGCUCGAGAACGCCUCUGAUAUCAAGCUGGAGAGGUUCAGCAUAUCGGCUCACGGGAAGGAGCUCUUUGUCAAUGCAGACCUGCUGAUCGUUGCCGGGCGCAGAUAUGGUUUGGUGGGACCAAAUGGUAAAGGAAAGACCACACUAUUGAAACACAUUGCAAACAGAGCACUCAGUAUUCCCCCCAACAUCGACGUUCUUCUGUGUGAGCAAGAGGUGGUAGCAGAUGACACCCCCGCAGUGCAGGCUGUGCUGAAGGCUGACACCAGGCGUCUGAAACUGCUGGAAGAGGAGAAGCAGCUGCAGGCACGACUCGAGAAAGGAGAGGACAGUGUGGCUGAGAGGCUGGACAAGGUUUACGAGGAGUUGAGGGUGAUUGGAGCAGCUGCAGCAGAGGCCAAAGCUCGCAGGAUCCUAGCUGGUCUUUCUUUCACUCCAGAGAUGCAGAACAGACCCACCAAGAAGUUUUCCGGAGGCUGGAGGAUGAGAGUGUCCCUUGCUCGAGCGCUGUUCAUGGAGCCCACUCUGCUCAUGUUGGACGAGCCCACCAACCACUUGGACUUGAAUGCUGUCAUCUGGCUCAACAACUACCUUCAAGGCUGGAAGAAGACCCUGCUUAUAGUGUCCCACGACCAGAGCUUCCUGGAUGACGUGUGCACAGACAUCAUCCAUUUGGACAACCAGAAACUCUACUAUUACAGAGGGAACUACUUGACAUUCAAGAAGAUGUACGUCCAGAAGCAGAAGGAGCUGCAGAAACAGUACGACAAACAGGAGAAGAAGCUGAAGGAGCUGAAGGCCGGGGGCAAGUCCACCAAACAGGCCGAGAAGCAGACAAAGGAGGCAUUGACCCGUAAGCAGCAGAAGGGUAAGAAGAAGGGUGGACAGGAGGAGGAGAGCCUGGAGGCACCAGACCUCCUCAAGAGACCCAAAGAGUACACCGUCAAAUUCACAUUCCCCAACCCACCACCCCUGUCCCCACCUAUCCUGGGAUUGCACAGUGUGGACUUUGGAUAUGAAGGCCAGAAGCCACUCUUCAAGAAUGUCGACUUUGGUAUUGAUAUGGACUCCAGAAUUUGUAUCGUUGGACCUAAUGGAGUGGGGAAGAGUACACUGCUGCUACUGCUCACCGGCAGAUUAAACCCGAGUAAAGGGGAGAUGAGGAAGAAUCAUCGCUUGAAAGUGGGCUUCUUUAACCAGCAGUACGCCGAUCAGCUCAACAUGGAGGAGACGGCCACAGAGUACCUGCAGAGGAACUUCAACCUGCCCUACCAGGACGCCCGCAAGUGCCUGGGCCGAUUUGGGCUAGAGAGCCACGCACACACCAUCCAGAUCUGCAAGCUCUCCGGUGGGCAGAAGGCCAGAGUAGUGUUUGCAGAGCUUUCCUGUCGCCAGCCUGAUGUCCUCAUUUUGGAUGAACCUACCAACAACUUGGACAUAGAGUCUAUCGAUGCCCUGUCUGAAGCCAUUAAUGAAUAUAAAGGAGCGGUGAUCAUAGUGAGCCAUGACGCCCGACUCAUCACGGAGACGCAGUGCCAGCUGUGGGUGGUCGAGGACUGCUCAGUGAACCAGAUUGAUGGGGACUUUGAGGAUUAUAAGAGGGAGGUGCUGGAGGCACUUGGGGAGACGGUGGUGAACAAGGCUAAUCCGUGAUCACAUUGACGCAACAAAACCAUGCUGCAAUAUUGACAAUAACUUGUAACAGCAACGCAAUAUAUGUACCAGAAGAGCAGGCUGUUCAACUGGAGCCAAAAACUAAUAAAAUCACAUUGCUUUUUC